AUGUUGCAACGACUCUUUCGCUCCAAAUCGUCGAGGGAUUCUGAAGAGAAUUACACACGUCUAUUAUUAGAACCAGAACCGUGGUCAUUGAGUCCAUUAGCUGAUGGUCAAGUGCGUAUUCUCCUCUGCCAGGAUGCCGGUGAUGCCAACAAGACCAUUCUAUACGAUUCAUGCCACGGAUUAGCCCCAUCGCCCAUUGUCCCUGCCAAAAAGAGUAGCAGCAGUAGCAGCAAUUCAAUGAGAAACGCAGCUGGUAUCGCUCGUUCGUGGAACGGCAACGACGAGUUUCAUAAUGGGCGUCGGUCCAAUGCCCUUUUUGGAUACGACCGUCGUACUGAAUGUCGGCCAUCAAGCAUGCGCAUGGUAUCACCUUCUUUACCACUCAAUGAUCAUCCUCUCUCAUCAUCAUCAUCACCUCAUCAUCGUCAUCAUCAUCCUCGUCAAGUGAAUCGUCGUUUGGAUUUGAUUGGAGAUAUGAUCUUUGGCACUGCCCCUCUCGCCUACAAGGGAAUGAACACCAAAGUGCAUUACAAACGAGACAAGGAUCAACAAAUCGUGCUCUCCAAGUUAUUCACGCUCAACACACAAGAUUCGGAUGCAAUGCGUAGAGCGUCAUUCUCAUCCAUCAACAGUGAUUGGUCAACCACUUCUUCAGUUCAUUAUGCAGCUACAGCCCCUCCUACCACCAUCACCGCCGAUCCAUAUGCCAAACGCUCCGUAUCCACCUUGUCCAUGUCAUUGGAUGAUAAUGCCUCCGAGAUAUCAAGCGAUGAUGAUAAGAGCCAUUACUCUGGUUAUUCUUUCUAUCCUUCCACGUUUGGUCUACGUUCGAGUUCCAGAGAAUCAUUUCAUAGCAAACGGUCACGACGAUUCAGUCAAACGAGCAUGGAAGAUGGUAUCUUUCGACCUAUGCCUUUACCCAAUGCUAUGGCAGAUCUAUCCACAACACCCAUUGGUGCACCAUCAACAUCAACAGCAACGCAUGUCAAUGGCGGCGGCGGCAGCGGCGGGACUAUGCAACAUGGUACCAAGACUGUAAAAUAUGCCGUCGCUCUGAUCAUUACGCUCGAUGACAAGAACAAGAACUUGUUUGAUUUCAUCUUUUCGCAUUUUUCCUUGAUCGAGAAUCAUUUGCAUCAGCUACAAGCAUCCACGUUUCGUCUUUUGAACAACCAUUUGCGUAACAAUGAUAGUCCGCAGCAGGUAAAGCCUCGGCGCUUGAAGAAUGGGGCACUCUACCUUGAACCAGGGAUAUUUCAGCAUGAACAAGCAAUGAUGGAUGCGGUUAUUCAAUUCAAACGGGCGUUCUAUGAUCUUUAUGGUACUCCUCGAAUACAAGAACCUCUUUGGCUCAACAUGUCAACGUUUCCACACCGAAGAUCAGAGUAUGGGCAAAUGCUCUUUAAAGAAUUGGCCUAUCUCAUUGGAGAGUACAAUACUGAAAGCCGACACCAUUUCAUAUCGACCCUCGUCACCGCUGUAUUGACUUUUCACUUGUCUUGGGUACAUACAGUGGUCCCGCCAGGCGAUUUCAAGAAUAUCAAUUGUAGGCAUGGCAAUUAUGAUCCAUUAUGGGCCCAGUUGAGCGACUUGUAUGGAUUCGUUGGAAGUCCCGGUCGAAUCACACGCACCAUCGUGGUCGGCAAAAACGUCAGCCUCGUACGGCGUAUCUUGUACAUUUUGACCUAUCUUAUCCGGUGCAAUGAAGUCUAUGAGAACUUGGAGACACGUUCAGAAUCGGAUUCAGGCAACAUUUUCAGUCAUGAGCGAGAAAUGGAUAACACGUAUGCCUCUCGACUUGAAGAUAAGAUUGUAAAGCAACUUGUUGGCUCAACGACGGAUGUGGAAUCGAUUGCUAUACCUCGUACGCAAGAUGGUGGUGUUGGUGGUGGUGCCAGUACCGAAUCACCUGAAUCAAUUGCAGAUAAUCGCAGCUCCACUUCUUUUGGUUCUUCGACCGCUCAUCUUCAUCAUCAUCAUCAAUGGUCUACAGCCAAUGAUCAUCCUAUCAUGGAAUCAAGAACAAGGCCACCAACAGCUCGAUGGAGUAGUAGCAAUAGUAGCAACGACGAGCCAGCACCCGUGGUAUCCGCAUCAGGCACCUGUUCCAUUUCAAUGCCAAAAUCAUCCAUUUAUCGCAUGAUACCCGAUAUUACCCAAGUGCAAGAAGAAGGUGAAAGUACCACCGAGCGAGCAGAUACCCUUUAUGCAAAAUCCUAUGGACGAUCCUUGAUGGCUACCUUUUGUGAAGUUUACAAGCCUGAUUUCGUAUUGAUGGGUGUACCCACGGAUACCUUUGCUCAUCAAGUGGAGGCUGAUCUUAAAAACAUGCUUCAACAAUUUACAUUGUCGGAUGGUGUCACGGAUGCGGCAUGCCUAAUCAUUGAUACGAACAAGUUCCAAUGCCGUAUUAUGCAACAAUCAGCAGCUGAUCUCGAUGCAACAACAACAUCAUCAUCAGACAAGCACACUUUGGCCAAAGAAUGGCAGUUACUUUCUCACUCAAGUAUGAUCCAUGAGUUAUUGACGACUAUCAAACAAAAGCAUGGGACCGGUGCAUCUGCAGAUGAGCUUAUCGAUUUGUUUGAGGAUGGAUUACAAAUGGUGUAUCUAAAGAGCUUGUUCUUGCAAGAGAGUGUUACUGAAUGGCUUGUCACUGCUGAUGCUGAUCCUAUCAAUGAUUUGGGGAAGAUCGUUGCUGAUAUUGGAGUGAACACGGAUGAUAUUCCUCUACUUGCCAAUGUUUGUGGCACAUACGAUAACAAGAUACCAAGGAUUUUGCUUUCUGCAGAUAGCUGA